UUCGAUUUAAUUUAAAUCUUUUACCUAUUAUAGUUCUUGAAUUACAGACCACUGACAAACAGAAAAACAGCGGCUGCUUAGUAAUAGCAUUUGUCACUUCGUUACGUAUAUCAAUCAUUAUUAUUUAUAGUCUUAAAGACGAAUCGUUUAAUCUAUUAUAGAAUUUAAUCUGCCUAAACGAUUGGCUACCCUACACGCUAUAUAAUGGUGUCGGCGUUGCUAGCUCGUCAUUCCGCCGUCGCCGCCGCCGCCAUGUCGCUGUCGCCGCUCGCCCGCUUGCUGCUUGCGUUCGCCGCGUUGCUCGCCGCGGCAAAUGCUAAAAUCACUCUCAUUGAUAUAGGAUUGGGAGCAAAAUGCGUCAAAUUUAUUAUGGAGAUUCCUUCAAGAGCUGUGUCUUACCAACCUUCGGACCAUGGUCCUAGAUUUACGAUGAAGUCUCACGGGCACAGUCAACCACUGACAUUAAUUCCCAACAAAUGUGCUGCGUACAACGAAGAGAUAGCCAGGCAGACGGUGGAGGUAUGCAACGAGUUCCCCACCCCUUACGGACCCCAACCCUUACCACCGACAGUCCAGGCCCUCGCUGACAACGUGCUGUCACCCGUGUUCGCGUCCUGCGGCGACGACACUGAGUGUGGACCUCUGCUUUGGAAAAUCCAGCAGGAUUGCAGAAUCCCUGUUAGACCACUCAUCUCAAGUCUCUACUAAUAGAUGGCGCUUUAAAGGCAACUCGGUUCCACACGGUUAUGUUUUUAUUUGACUUCUUUAAGUAUUUUCUUUUUUUGAGUUUUUAUUCUUUUUGCAGUUUCGCAGUGCCUUGGUAGGCAGUAAUAUUGCGCUACAGUAAUAAUUUAAUGGGGACACGGCCGCGGUUUAAUUGUGACUACGUUUAUGACGUCUAUGAUGACGUUCAUGUAAAUUAAUAAUAUCUACUUCCUUCCUAAAGUUACUUCUAGCGGCCUAUAAUUUUGCGAGAAAAAAUAAGCCAACGUUUUGUGAGAUCUAGUGUGUAUAUUUACUUAUUAUAUGUGUGGUCUGUGCCCAGUUAAAAUCUGAAGUCCAGUGAGACUAAUUCCCAAAAUCUUAAUAUUAUAUUAAAUCAUAAUUUCUUACUUUUUUUUAAUAAUAAAAGUGUAAGUUAAA